CCUAAUCAUCUUCCGUACUAAAUCAAAACGGGUAAAAUAACUUCCAGAACUUUAUAUUUACAUCGCCGUAAUGUUUAGAAAAGACGCGCGACACAGUUUUAACCCCGCGUGACGGAGGACCGUCAUUUUUAAACGACUGCUCAUCAUGGUUCACAUUUUUAGAGACCGUGGAUGGAAUCCGGUAUCAGCGAAGCGAGUUCUGGAUCGGUCAGAUGUCCGGUUCAGAUGAGGCUGGAUUACGGUGUUGAUGUCCGGGGCAGCGCGCAGGUGCCGCGGUGUUUGACUUUAGUUAUGCCACCGGGCUGCUGCUGUGUCAGUCCGUGUUGUUGUUGGCAGACUGUGACAACUGCAGCGGAUCUACUUCAAGUCUAGAAAACUUAUUUUUUUUUUAAACUAAACCUACGAAUAACAAUUAAGCCAAACAACGCUAAAUAGCCUUGUUUAACAAUCAUGAGGUAAUGAGGUAUGCUAACAUUUUUGGAAUGUAACUAGCUUAAUAAGUAAGAUUUGUUUUUACUUUAGGCAUAGAGUUUAUUUACCGAGCUCAAAAAGUUUGUAAAAUGAUAUCGGAGCGUAAGAAGACGCGGUUUUUGACGCUAAAAAGAGCAACUGUCUCCAUGGAUCCCUAACGUAACCUUAGCUGAAAUCAACCAGCUUCAAGUCAGCAACAUCAGGAGGUAAACUGGAGUCCGGUUCAGCGUCCAGAGCAAAGAUGGAGCUAGCAUCGCUGCAAGAUGGAAGAAGGGUGAAAGAGGCCAAGAUGCAGGAGAAAGGGGACGCUCAGAGUCAAACCCCAGGCAGCCUGGGGAAGGCUCACCCGGCCCUCAAAGCCUUCAUGUGCGGCUCUCUGAGCGGCACCUGCUCCACGCUGCUCUUCCAGCCUUUGGAUCUGGUCAAGACGCGGCUGCAGACCCUGAAGAACAACGCCAAACCGGGAGCACCAAACGUGGGAAUGUUCCGAGUUUUCAUCACUGUCAUAAAAACAGAGAAUUUCUUCAGUCUGUGGAAAGGAGUUUCACCGUCGUUCGUGCGCUGCAUCCCCGGCGUGGGAAUCUACUUCAGCACCUUCUACUCGCUGAAGCAGCACUACUUCCUGGACCGAGCGCCCAACGCAGGCGAGGCGGUUCUGCUGGGGGCGGGCGCCAGAGCGGUGGCGGGAGUCUGCAUGCUGCCCUUCACCGUCAUCAAGACGCGUUUCGAGAGUGGCCGCUACAACUACGUGAGCGUGGCGGGGGCUCUCAGGAGCAUGUACGAGACGGAGGGCGUCCGGGCUCUGUUCUCCGGGUUGACCGCCACGUUGCUUCGAGACGCCCCCUUCUCCGGCAUCUACGUGAUGUUUUACAGCCAGGCUAAGAAGGCGCUGCCUCCAGAGGUGACGGCAGCGCCCUACGCCCCGCUGGCAAACUUCGGCUGUGGGGUGGUGGCGGGCGUCAUGGCGUCUCUGGUCACGCAGCCGGCAGACGUGGUCAAGACCCACAUUCAAGUCAGCCCCUCCCACUGGAGCACAGCAGAUGCAGUUCGCUAUGUAUUUAAGGAAAACGGCGUGGCGGGGUUCUUCCGCGGGGCCGUGCCCAGGUCCCUCCGCCGCACGCUGAUGGCGGCGAUGGCCUGGACCGUCUACGAGCAGCUGAUGGCCCGGAUGGGACUGAAGUCCUGAGAGGAAAAACACGCGUUUCCUGUCGAAAGCAAGAGCAAAAAAAAAAAAAAAAGGAGCGCCGAGGCGUUCACGGAAAGGUGGCAAUAUGUGUUAUUUUAGAGUGAAAGGCGUGAAGAUUCACCUGAAAACCCAUCCCUCUCAGCUGUAAGACCAUGAGGCGCUCCAGGAAAUGACUUUGAAGAAGUCUUUAAAAAAACUGUUAAAAGCAGAUGAAAGGAAGAAAACCUGCAUGGAGGGCAAAGGUCAAAGAAGUGCUGCUUUCACUCCUAACUCCAGACAAUCUCUAAUGCUUGCACCGCUGCAUCAUGGGAAAAAACAUCGAAUCCACUUUGAAGUUUCUAAAACUUUAGAAGGAAGGUUUUUUUUUUUCUUAAACCAGAAUUACCUUCAGAAAUGUAACGUCUGGGCGUCUCAGAUGGAUCCGGAUUCAGUCGAUUUUUAGGAGUUUAUUUCAAUUUCAGAUUUCCCUCCUGAAAACGACCCGAACAGAUUUAAAAAGUGAGUUUGUUUUUUGGAAUUGGUAUAAAUGAAGAAAACAAGCUAAAUUUUUCUAACUGAAUAAACACGCAGCCGCUGCUUUUAUCUGGAGAUUUUAUUAGUAUUGAUUUAGUCAGAAACACUGAAUUUGUGCACUUUUGUGUUUCCAGUUGCACUCCAGGGAUCAUUCAAGCACCUUUACAAGUUCCAUGUUUUUGUUUUUUUUAGUAAUAUAUCCGAUUACUCACUGAACUAAAAAUGUUCCAAAGAUGUUAAAUUUGUAAAUAAAUAAAAUCUCAAAGUGCAAAGAUUGAUGACGUCAGAAUUUCUGAUCUGUUCUUCUGCAGAAUCCAGAAUGUUUCCUGAUGUUUUCAGAAAUGAAGCCUCGAGUGGUUUUCGGUUUGAAAAGCUGUUUUCUGAUUAUUAUGAUUUCAUUAUUUUACUGAUUAUUAUUAUUAUUAUUUCCAUCAUUUCACUUGUUUGAAAUGAAUGAAACUUGCAGUCUGGUUCCAAAAAACUGUCUUUCUUGUCUGAGAAGCAGUUUGGAUUUCAUGUUUGAGUUUGUAAAAAAACAAAAACAAAUGAAUUCAAAUACUUAAAAACUGAUGGUUCAGAUUAGAAAACACUCCGGAUAGAAGACACUGAAGUGAUCUUUCAGUUUUAAGGAGCAGCAGCCGUGUGCCAAAAUGUUCCCCUGUAGCCGUUUCCUGGAUGGUUGUGAUGUCAUCACUUCUGUUGUGCAUCUGUAGGGCAAAGUCUUCGGUCUGCGCUCACCUUCGCUGCCCCAAUAAACUAACCCUCUUUUCAUAAA